ACUUGAAACGGAUGAGCAGGUUUACAGUCAGUCAUCGCUAAUUUUGUAUUUUUUUUAAUCUUUCAACUUUGGACGCACGGUAGUUCAUAAGAUCUCACACCGUUUGGAAGAUGUCUGAAAGAUCGCAGAGUCCGGAGUGCCAAAACCGGCCCUAUGACUUCAGCCGGACUACCAAUCCUUGCACCCAACUUUUGGGCCAGGAGAAUAUGGGCAGCGCUGCGUCGUUCCAGCUUCCUCACGGCGUCCUGACAGACCCGAGCUUCCUUUAUAACAAAACCGCCUAUGGUGGCAUUACACCGGGAUCCGCGCAGACAUUUUUCCCUUUCCCACCCGUCGCUAGUGACUACAGGACAACCGACGUGCAGGCUGGAGAGUUUGGGCAACCCAAACACUGGUAUCCAUUCGCUGCGCCCGAGUACACCGGCCAGGUACCCGGCGUAACAGCAGCAACCCAGCCCAUAAACCUGAGUCCCCCCAUUGCAGAGACCCGAGAACAAAUCAAAAUAAUCGAAAUAAAGACUGAGAAGGACACCGGUGAUGACUACUCAACGGACAUAAAGGUGCAGCGGUACCCAACACCUCCAGCCUCCGCCGCUAUGUCCCAUGGAGUCUUCUACUCUCCGGCCUGGAAUCCAUCCUUCUGGCCUGGGAUCAGCCAUAUCACACCACCUGGCAGCAAUAAUCAAAAUCCAUCAACAUCCUCUGCAUCUUCACCAUCUAUGUCCCCUUCACCCCCAAGCAAUGGGCUUUCAGGGAACGCAUUUUUCAGCGUGAACCCAACCCAGGCUCCCACCGUGCCCCAAACGCAGAACCCGGCCUCCUCCACGCGGAGCAGCGGGUCCUCCAGCGGCGGGUGUAGCGACUCUGAGGAGGAGAAUCUCUCCACUGAAGAACUAGAGCAGUUUGCUAAGGAGCUGAAACACAAACGCAUUACCUUGGGUUUCACUCAAGCUGAUGUUGGCCUUGCCCUUGGUAACCUUUAUGGUAAGAUGUUCAGCCAGACAACUAUUUGCCGCUUCGAGGCCCUGCAGCUCAGCUUUAAGAACAUGUGCAAGCUGAAACCUCUUCUUCAGAGAUGGCUGAACGAGGCAGAGACAUCGGAUAAUCCGCAGGAUAUGUACAAGAUUGAGCGAGUAUUUGUUGACACUAGAAAACGGAAGAGGAGGACCAGCCUGGAGGGAGCUGUGCGCUCUGCCCUGGAGUCCUACUUUAUUAAGUGCCCCAAACCCAACACCCAGGAGAUCACGCACAUUUCAGAUGACCUGGGCCUGGAGAGAGAUGUAGUGCGCGUUUGGUUCUGUAACCGAAGACAGAAAGGAAAACGCCUGGCCCUACCAUUAGAUGAAGAGUGUGAUGGCCAGUACUACGAGCAGAGCCCUUCCCCACUGAACAUGAUCCCCUCCCCCGUUCCCAGUCAGGGCUACCCUGCUUCCAGCUACCCUGGUGCCCCACCUCCCACACUCUACAUGCCCCAACUUCAUCGACCAGAUGUCCUCAAACAAGCCCUGCACCCUGGACUGGUUAGUCACCUGACUGGAUAAACGUGCUCACAUAGUCCUGGACAGAAUCACAGAUUGCCUUCGGCUAAACCUCUGUCCAACCCCAACGCAAGCUGAGGACAAGCCUCCAAAUCUAGAAACAUUCCAAGUGGUGGAGGCUCUUGUACAGUGCAACAGUGAGACGGAUCAAAGCGGUUUCUGUUUUUAGAUGGUGAAACUUGAUGAACUGCCAAGAGCGACAUCCUGUUACCAUGAGAUGCAACUCAAUAACUGCCUUUACUUCAACCUAAACAAAAGAACAUUUAAACUGAAUAUUGCUGAAUGUGCUUGGUUGUUGCAUAGUAAGUUAUUUUUUUUAAGGCUUUAAUCAUUACAGGUUUAGAACAAUACCAAAGUGGUGCUACAUUAUUUGCGCUCCACUUGUGGAGCGAGGUUGUGAAUGCGAGGAGGGUUAUUUGCUAGGGUAUUGUAUCCACUUGUGGUAAAUCAUAGACAGGUUUUCUGUGGUGCAGAUGAGGCAAGAUCUAGAUUAUCAAGGGAAUCGCCAUGUGAACCUGUUUUUAGAAAUAAUUCCCCAAUGGGUGUGCAAUACUUCUAUAGUCCAUCUUAAAAAAAA